GAGAAUAGGAAAGGGAAAGUGCUCAUGGGGGAAAGUGCUCAUGAGACAAAGAGCAUCGUGGGAGGUGAGGCCGUGCUUUACAAAGCACUUUCUCGGGUCGUUCGCAUCUGCGACUGUGAGGCCCUCAGAAUUGAAGCGCCCUUCCUCUCUGACACCACCACAAGCUAGCAGAGCGGUAGAUCGAGAUGGCCGAACUGAUGGCGAGCGCCGCCACGAGCGUGAUGGGGUCCGUCAUCGGCAAGCUGACUGCCAUGCUCGGCGAGAAGUACCAGCUCGCCAGAGACGUGGAGCAAGGGAUCCGCUUCCUAAAGGAUGAGCUGAGCACCAUGGAUGUCGUGCUGCAGGAGCUCGCAGACAAGGAAGACGACCAAAUGGAUCCAGUGGCUAAAGAUUGGAGGAACAAGGUGCGUGAGGUAUCCUACGAUAUUGAGGAUUGCAUCGACCGCUUCAUGCUCAAUCACAGCCAUGGAGGUUCCAAGGCUAACUUUGUUCGCGAAGCCAUGCGUAAGGUGAAGAUGUUGUGGAAGGACCAGGGCAUAGCAGAGGAGAUCCAAAAACUCAAGAUACUCGUGACAGACCAGAGUGAGCGGGCCAAACGCUACCGCAUCCAUCACUAUCUCGCCGCCUCACCUCAGCCGGUGCGCUUGGAUCCUCGAGCAACUGCCCUCUUUCAGGAGGCGAGGGAUCCUGUGGGAAUUGAUGGUCCUCGCGAGGAAAUCAUCCAGUUAUUACAAGUUGAAGAAAAUCGACACAAGGUGGUGUCCAUCUAUGGUACCGCUGGGCAGGGGAAGACUACUCUAGCCAUGGAGGUAUACCGAAAAAUCACACAAACACAAGCAUUUGAUUGCAGGGCUUUCGUGUCUGUAUCUCAGACUCUGGAUAUGAAGAAGCUACUCAGAGAUAUAUUGUCUCAAAUAGUAAGCACGAGCGAGUUUGACCAGUUGCAGUCGGAAAGGUGGGAGACGGAGCAGCUCAUGCGCAAAAUGAGAGACUACUUAAUUGACAAGAGGUACUUCAUCUUGAUUGAUGAUAUCUGGAAUGUAUCAGAUUGGGAGCUUGUAGAAGCUGCCUUACCUCGCAAUGACAACGGAAGCAGAAUAAUUACUACAACACGCAGUAAAACAGUAGCCGAAACAUGUGCUGGUAUUGACGCACAAAUGUACAAAGCAAAGCCACUUGGUGAUGACGAAUCUCGCAGAUUAUUCUUUAAAAGGCUAUUUCACUCAACUGAACAUUGUCCCCAAGAUUUGAUGGCAGUAUCCAGUGAUAUUUUGAGGAAAUGUGGGGGAUUACCAUUAGCCAUAAUCAGUAUAGCUGGUUUAUUAGCAAACAGAAGCAAAACCAAGGAAGUCUGGGUCAAUGCAUUGAAGUAUAUUUCUGCUGCAGUUGACAGAGAUUCUCACAUUGAUAAAAUGAAAAGAAUUUUUCUGCUUAGUUACUUUGACCUUCCUCUUUAUCUAAGGAGCUGUAUGUUAUAUCUGAGCGUGUUCCCGGAGGAUUAUUUGAUUGAUUGUAGACGGUUGAUAUUGUUAUGGGUAGCCGAAGGACUGAUUCCUGGACAAGGCAGAGAAAAUAUGGAGCAGCUUGGGAGGAGUUACUUGAAUGAGCUGAUCAAUAGAAGCUUGGUCCAGCCAAUCAAGGUUGGGGCAGAUAGCGCAACAGUGAAAGAGUGCAGAGUUCAUGAUGUCAUACUUGAGUUUAUUGUAUCAAAGGCUGUGGAGGACAAUUUUGUUACUGUAUGGAAUCGUAAUGGAUUUUCUGAAAAUUAUUCUUCUAACAAGAUUCGCCGUUUAUCUAUCCAACAUGACAUUUCUAGGCGGCCUGAAGAGAUGGUGAAGAUAAAAGAACAUGCAGCUCAUAUUCGAUCAAUCAAUAUUUUUGACCCUAAUUCAGUGCUGCUAAUUAAAAACACCUCUAUGUUUUUAAGUAGCCAAGUCUUGCGAGUGCUGAAUACAGAAACUCGGGUGGAGUUACUUGAAGAUUGCUAUCUUGGACAUGUAAAAAGUUUUGGUCAAAUGAAGUACUUGAUGUUAGAAAUUUGGUCAUCAACAUGCCACUGCAAACUCCCAAAAGAUAUAGAAAAGCUGCAACAUCUAGAGACACUAGAUGUUAGGUGGUGUACCGGCAUUGAUAAACUACCGGCUAGCAUUACCCAACUGCAGAGAUUAGUGCGUCUUCUUGUCGGUGCUAAGGUAAAACUACCUGAUGGGAUUGGAAAUCUGCAGGCAUUGGAAGAGCUAUCACUGAUCAGUUUGGGUUUUCAAACUAUCAAGUUUAUCCAAGGGCUCGGCGAUCUGACCAAUCUAAAGGUACUUGGAAUUGAUUGGUGGUACCCUUAUGCAGUCGUAGUACGUCACGUGGACGUGGAAGGCCACAAGGAAGCAUGUAUCUCAUCACUCUCCAAGCUUGUCACAACCCUUCGAGAACUGCACGUCGUGCAGAGUGCUCGUGAUGACAGACUUUCAUUCAUGGCUUCGUGUGGCUCUACUCCACCACCCCUUCGGAGGCUUGUCUUUCACGAACGUCGUGGACCAAGUGUCGUCCCCCAUCAAAUCAUCAGCUCGCUAGUCAACCUGACCCGCCUCAGUAUUGGACUAGUAAGCCAGGAAGGGAUAAAUAUCCUAGCAAGUUUGCCCAUGCUCCUCUCUGUUACUGUUCGCGUUUCGGGUGAUUCUGGAAUCAGGUAUACAAUCAGCAGUCAAGGAUUCCAGUGUUUAGUCAAGUUUAAUUUUGACUGUUUUCAUGGGGGGGCGUUGGAGUUUGAGCCAGGAGCCAUGCCAAAGCUCCAAAGGCUCAUGCUGUGCCUGGAGGCACGGGGUCAGUUCAAUUUUGAGCAAGGCGGCCUCGUCCUUGGGCUGCAGAAUCUGGCAGGCCUCAGAUAUGUUGCUCUUCGUAUUCACUGUUCGCGUGCUACUCCUGACGAGGUGCAGGAUUUGGAGGAUGACAUCAGGGUUGCAGCAGGCGCCCAUCCCAACCGUCCCGUGCUCCAGCUGGUCGCAAAAAUAUAUCAAGAUUAUAUGGCUCAAGGGUGCAGCAGGCGCCCACGCGACCAUCCCAUGCUAGAAGCACAAUGACAAGUAAAGGCAUGGUGUGGAGAAUAAAUAUCAUUAUCAAUGAUGAUCUUUUUUUUCUAUUUCAAGAGCACGUUGGAAUUAAACAAGGUUAAUUCGAUUUGUUUUCAUCUUAGUUUUUACUUUAUGACAACAUGUGUGCGCAUGCAGAUUGGCCUCUCGGAUCUAUGGAGUGCUGAUAUGUGUUGCUUGAUAUGAUGGUGUUGUGUUGAGGUGGGUUUGGGAUGAGUGCUCGGAGCGAAGGCAUUUGCCCUUCGCCGGCCAACGAUGCUGACGCCUGUUGGUGCCACAUCCCUCUCUAUUGACUACUACGGAGUGACUACGUUAAGCUCUUCCUCCAUAUAUGGAUUGUAGGUUGUUAGGUAAUUUUGAGACGUAUGUUGAGUUUAAGAUGUUACUGGAUCUCUUUCUUCUUUCUUUCUUUUAUAUUUCCUUUUGACAA